GCGAGCAAGAGAGAGGGAGUGAGGCAGUGCCAAUGCAAGUGACACCGUGACAGAGAAAGCUAGAAGGACCGGCCAGGGUGAGGAGCACAAAGACAAGGUGCUGGAUGGUGGAGAUGCAAUGACUCCAUGACUGUGCUGCAUUACUUCAUCAUGUCAUCAAAAGGCUCAAGCAACCACAACAAAUGUCUGGCAUCGGAGACAGACAAUUCCCAAAGGCUGUUGGACAACGAUUCAGCACAGCAUCUGAAGCUGAAGGACAGACAACUCUUUUUUGAAGAAGUCUACCAUCAGGAUGUGAACAACUACCUUCCUUCAGCUCACCUGCAGAUAGACAGCAGAAAACCCCCCAUGGGAAGUAUCUCAUCUAUGGAGGUGAACGUGGAUGUGCUGGAGCAAAUGGACCUGAUGGAUGUCUCUGACCAAGAGGCCCUGGAUGUGUUCCUCAACUCAGGCUCAGGAGCAGGCGAGGGAGCGCUUGCAUCCCCACAGCCUGAGGCGGAGGACGAUGAUGAAGAUGAAGCAGAUGAAGAAGCUGAGGUUGUCUACCGGGUGUGUCCACAUUUGCUACGGCAAAAUGAAGUCCUCAAUGGGUCCAAAUCUCGUUUGUCGUCAACGUCAUCGGGCUCCAGCGAUACAAGUGGGGACGGAGUCGACACACCUGUGAUCCAGUCAGAUGACGAGGAAGUUCAUGUCGACACCCAACUGCUGACCUCUGUUGUUCAGCCUGGGGAUGAAACAGAGGAUGAAGAAGAGGAGCAAAGAGGCCCUGGUACUAAACCUUCACAAAGACUGAAGGAAAGAUAAGCAGACAGGGUGAAUAAAGGUCCAACAAGUUCCUCUUACUGCCUCUCUUCAUCUUCAGAGAAACCCCAGCAUGGUCCACCUGCUCUUGUUUGUCCUUUGUAUGUUAGUGUGCAUGAAUAUACCUGCUCUUGUUUGUCCUUUGAAUGUUAUUGUGCAUCAAUAUACCUGCUCUUGUUUGUCAUUUGAAUGUUAGUGUGCAUGAAUAUACCUGCUCUUGUUUGUCAUUUGAAUGUUAGUGUGCAUGAAUAUACCUGCUCUUGUUUGUCAUUUGAAUGUUAGUGUGCAUGAAUAUACCUGCUCUUGUUUGUCCUUUGAAUGUUAUUGUGCAUGAAUAUACCUGCUCUUGUUUGUCAUUUGAAUGUUAUUGUGCAUGGAUAUACCUGCUCUUAUCCUCAGUUGAAGUGCUUUUUCAUUAUUUCCUGACUAGUUAUGGUAUACAGUUGGGAUUUGUCCAACGCUUACACACCUAAAUGUUGUGGUUGCUUACAGCCUCUUGCUUUGUCUUCAGAGAAGGUACCAAGCAGCCAUUUGAACAAGAACGCUGCAGUUCUUCUUCACUUUGCACAUUUCCUUCUCAAUAAAAGAGAAAAGCCAUGAAAUUUCAAGCAAAAAAUAACCUUUUCAACGUGUUGCAGGAGUGCCUAAUGUAAUGACCAAACUAAAGUCUUUUGAGUUCAAGCUUGACAAACAUUUUGAGGGUUACUCAGGCUGAAACAUUUCCGUUGUAGUAAAAGUUUACUUAAUUUGCACGCUCUUCUUUUGUGUGCAUGUGUAAAGUUGAACACUAAAAAUGUAAUGUUUUGUAAGACUGAAAUAAUAACACUUCCAUGCUUAGGUUUUCCAUGUUGGUAUGGUGACUUUCUAACUUCCAAGAAUCUUUGGUAUGUUUGUGUAAAUUACGGACGUUUUGAAAAAUAUAAAAUCUUUGGGCUUUUUCUGAGUAACUUCCAAAAUCUUAACAUAGAUUGUUUAAGCGAUGUCACCUAAACUAUAUGAUGGUAUUUCUUUUAGAGUAAACACAUCUCAUUGUUAAACUAAGGUUGCAAAAAGCAUGACACAGACCAGGUGCACUUUAUGAAUCAUUGCCUAAAAGACAAAACAACUUUCUUUUUUAAAUGACUAUUAAAGGCCUACUGAAAGCCACUACUACCGACCACGCAGUCUGAUAGUUUAUUCAUCAAUGAUGAAAUCUUAACAUUGCAACACAUGCCAAUACGGCCCGGGUUAGCUUACUAAAGCGCAAUUUUAAAUUUUGCGCCGAAAUAUCCUGCUGAAAACGUUUCGGUAUGAUGACGCCUGCGCGUGACGUCACGGAUUGUACAGGACAUUUUGGGACAGCAUGGUGGCCAGCUAUUAAGUCGUCUGUUUUCGUCAGAAAAAUUCCACAGUAUUCUGUACAUCUGUGUUGGUGAAUCUUUUGCAAUUUGUUCAAUGAACAAUGGAGACAGCAAAGAGGAAAGCUGUAGGUGGGAAGCGGUGUAUUGCGGCCGGCUGCAGCAACACAAACACAGCCGGUGUUUCAUUGUUUACAUUCCCGGAAGAGUACUGUCAAGCUUUACCAUUUGCCUGUUUAGAACUGGGACAACAAAGACUUUUACCAGGAGGACUCUGAGUUGGAUACGCAGACGCGGUACCGUGAGUACGCAGCUGCGGCUUCCAAACAUUUGAUCGCUUGCCCAUACGUGCGUGCCGCUAUGUGCAUGUCAGGUACGUAACUUUGGGGACUUUGGAGAAAUAUAUGUGCUGUAUGAACUUUGGGGAGGUGAACGGUACUUUGGGCUGUGGGAUUGAGUGUGUUGUGCAGGUG